AUAAGGGUCUGACAGUAAAUAUAGACACGAGAUCAUGUGCAGUCUAGACUACGGUUGGUGUACCCCCUCGACAUCAGGCGGCAAACCCGUUUUUGGUUAGACCGGACUCUUCUUGAGCACUGAGGGGACAUUUUUCUCAUCACAUACGAGUUGUCAGGAUAAAUAUGUCUCACAAAAGUUGUUAUACAAACCCUGGCACAGGGGGGAAGCGACCUCGAAACGACAAGGGGAACAAGGUGACAGUUGUACUUGGUGCACAAUGGGGCGAUGAAGGGAAGGGAAAAGUGGUCGACUUGUUGGCGACAGAGUCGGACAUCAUUUGCAGAUGCCAGGGCGGUAACAACGCAGGUCACACGGUGGUCGUGGAUGGGAAGGAAUAUGACUUCCACCUCCUCCCCAGUGGGAUCAUCAACUCCAAAGCUGUUUCUGUGAUCGGCAACGGUGUGGUCAUUCAUCUGCCAGGCUUGUUAGAAGAAGCGGAAAAAAAUGAAAAGAAAGGCCUUAAAGACUGGGAGAAGAGACUGAUCAUCUCAGACAGGGCCCACAUUGUGUUUGACUUCCACCAGGCAGUCGACGGGCUCCAGGAGGUACAGAGACAAGCACAGGACGGGAAAAAUAUUGGAACCACAAAGAAAGGCAUCGGACCGACAUACUCAAGCAAAGCGUCACGUACAGGGCUGCGUAUCUGUGACCUCCUAGAUGAUUUCAAAGAGUUUUCUACAAGAUUCAAGAAUCUUGCUCAGCAGUACCAGGCCAUGUUCCCCACACUGGUGGUAGAUGUUGAAGGUCAGCUGAAGAAAUUAAAGGAGUAUGCUGAGCGGAUAAGACCCAUGGUGCGAGACGGUGUCUAUUUCAUGUACGACGCUAUUAAUGGACCCCCUAAGAAGAUUCUGGUGGAGGGCGCGAACGCUGCCCUGCUUGACAUUGACUUUGGUACAUACCCAUUUGUGACAUCAUCAAACUGCACCGUGGGUGGUGUGUGUACAGGACUGGGCAUCCCCCCUCUGAACAUUGGUGAUGUGUACGGGGUGGUGAAGGCCUACACCACUAGGGUGGGCAUCGGGGCGUUCCCCACAGAACAAGUCAAUGAGGUUGGGGAGCUGCUGCAGACGCGGGGCCAUGAGGUGGGCGUGACCACAGGGAGGAAACGACGCUGUGGUUGGCUGGAUCUGGUCAUCCUGCGUUACGCCAACAUGAUAAACGGCUUCACGGCGUUUGCAUUAACCAAACUUGAUAUCCUUGAUGUGAUGGAUGAAAUCAAAGUGGGAGUGUCUUAUAAACUCAAGGGCAAAAAGAUUCCCUAUUUCCCAGCUAACAUGGACGUCCUGGAGAAAGUGGAGGUGGAGUAUGAGAAACUGCCUGGCUGGAAGAGUGACACCUCAGCCUGUAGGAAGUGGGAAGAUUUGCCAGUCAAAGCCCAGAACUACAUUCGCUUUGUGGAGAACCACGUUGGUGUACCCAUCAAAUGGGUUGGAGUGGGCAAGGCCAGGGAGUCUAUGAUCCAGAUGUUCUAGGACACAACAAGACCUUUGUCCUUCCUCCUUCCUCUCUCCAUGAAGGUGAAUUGAGGUGGUAUGGCUUUAUCUGCUCUGGUCAGAUUUCUUCUGUUUUGAAAAUGUUUUUUUUUUAAGGGGCAGCAGCAGCUGCACAGACCCCAACUCCUGGACUAACAAACAGGUUCAAAUGAGAGUUUGUGCAACCACCAUGCUCUACUAUACAUGGUUCAAAAAGCACAAUAAAGUGAGCAAAUAAUAGUUAUAUUGAUUGUGUCACAGUAGUUCUUCUCUAUUGCAAUUUACAAACCAUGAAAUUGUCUUAGGUGAGUUCAAAUAGACUUGUUUAUGUUCCAAUUCCGUUCUUUGCACUGAUACAGCAUUUUCGUAUUUUGUUGAAUAUUGUUUUGAUUUGAUAUUGCUGUCAUGUCAGCUAACCUACGUUGUUUAGACUUGAAUUAACAUUGGCCAGUAUCUGAUGUCUACCAUAGUACUUGCAUGCUAGAACUACAGCUGAUAUGUAAAACUAUUUUGAACAAUGCAAUGUGCAAUGGCCAGAAUUAGGUAGUUGUAUGACAUGUUGUGGUCAAGGUGGAAAUCAUGUGUCCUGAUACUUGUCCAUGAACUGAAGUGCAAUACUGCAUUUUGCUGUCCACACUAUGUUGAAAAAUCACAGGGAUCCUGUUCUUUGCUUCUGUGACACAUUUGAUUAUAUAAAACAAAUCUAUUGUUGUAGCAAUUAGAGCUCGGUUUCUAUGGAUUUUUUUGCCAGUCAAAUUGAUUUUUUCCCAGUAAUAGUAUGUCCCCCAUUGACACUGUACUGUAACAGCUAAGAAAAUGACACUGUUAUACCCCAAAAGUUUUCUAGUGCAACACUUUUACAAGUGGAAAUCUGAUAUGCAAAUAAAUCUGUUACAUCACA